GCAGCAUCGACAAUGGCGGCCUCGCGACAAUGUAGACGCUCGUCGAGAGCUCUCUUGCACUCCUUCACCGGUGCUCCUCGCGAGAUCACGGUUCCAAUCUUUCUUGCGCCCGCAUUCGCAGCACGAUCACAAGCACCACCAUCACCUCCUUCACGCCUGCAGUCGUCCCGCUUCUCGACGUCGGCAAGAUGCGCAUCCAAGAUUGGCAGAUCGCCGCUCACGCUGCCACCCGAAGUCGAAUUCACAGUCACAGAAGCGCUGCCACAGUCUAAGAAGUCUCGCGCCAGUCGCAACGUCCAAGGCGCCACAGUCGAUAUCGAAGGUCCCAGAGGAAAGAUGAGCAUGUCUAUCCCGCCGUAUAUGCAGAUUCUCUCCGACGACGAAACUCGAACACAUACACUGCGGAUCGAAGAUACAGAGGAUAAGAAGCAGAAAGCCAUGUGGGGCACCGUUCGAGCAUACCUGCAGAAUCACAUACUCGGUGUUAGUGAGGGCCAUGUUGCGAUACUGCGGCUGGUUGGCGUAGGCUACCGAGCUACAGUAGAGAAGGAUGCUCUGACAAAAGAACCUGAGUACCCAGGCCAGGAGUUCGUAUCACUCAAGGUUGGAUAUUCACAUCCUAUCGAGCUUGGCGUACCAAAAGGUGUCAAGGCGAGCACACCGCAGCCAACUCGAAUACUGCUCGAAGGAUGUGAAAAAGAGGUGGUCAUGCAAUUUGCGGCCGAGAUCAGAGCUUGGAGGAAGCCAGAACCUUACAAGGGAAAGGGGAUUUUCGUGAACGACGAGACAAUCAAAUUGAAGGCCAAGAAGAUCAAGUAGACUCUUUAAUGACCAAGAAAGAAUUUGGAAGGCCUGAAUGAAGCAAUCUGCUGCGCGCUGGACCCGGUGACGCUUUCGAAAAGGCACAUAGAUGUACCGCAAGAGCGCUGUAAUGCAUGAUAUGCGAUGUGGGCCUG